CGAAUGUAUUCUUUCUCACAUGUUUAUCCUUCACAUUUCUUAUAUAUUUUCUAGACAAGUUAGUUGUGCCUUAGCUUGGAUACGAAUCACAUCUAUUUCGACGGUCUUUCCUUCCUACAUGCUAUUUCGUUAUCUUGAGAACACAAAAUAUGUCUUUAAACAUCUCUAUUAUACGAUAUUCAAGAAGAAUUCCUCACUUGUGUAUAUCUUCGAUAAUGAAAUGCUAUUUCAAUAAAAUAUUUCACUUAUCGAUUGCACACAGACGAGAUCAUUCAUGGGGAAUUAGAUGGAUUUCUGUUGUUUUGAAUUGCCUGUUCCUGAUGAUAAAUGCGCAACAAGUCAAAGCAAACUUACCUGGACUAGAAACAUCAGGAUGGAUGGUACCGGAAGGUGACAUAAUUGUCAAAUAUGGUGACAAUCUGCAAAUUUGGUGUAAUUUAAAUGAAACGUUUGUUGAUAAAAAUUAUCCGGGUGCAAACUCCUGGAAUAUAUAUUUUACGAACAAUUAUGACAGAAUAGAGGAGAAAUUCAUAACUAGAAUCAAUAAAACAACAGCACUGUUGAACAUUGAAUCACCCCCAGCCGGAAUUUUUACAUAUGUUUGCAGUUUGGAUCUACCUAAUGGCGUAGACGUAUUUGUUUAUCUUAGUGAAGUUUUUGUUGCAUACGAACCUCAACUGCCAAGUAAUUUUACUUGUAGAUUCUAUAAUUGGGAAAGUAUAACAUGUAAAUGGAACGUAUCACAACACUAUACUCUAACGACUCAUAAAUUAUUCUAUAUAGUAGACACAGCAAGAAGACAAGAAUUUGUUCCUUGUCCUAUAGAAGAAGCAAAGGAUUAUUCUUGCACUUGGACUCAAUAUACAAAUCCGAUAUACAAUCAAACACAGGAAAACUAUACGUUUGUAAUGCAAAUUGAAAAUAUGUUUGACACGAAAUUAUUCACAUAUAAUACUAUCGAUCAUUUCGCUUUAGUUAUUCCUGCAAAACCUACGCAUCUAUCGGUGAUUAACAAAUCAUCGAAUAGUGCAAAGUUAUGCUGGCAAUCCCCCUUUUCGAUGAACAAUUUUCCUCCCGGUUUAACUCAUAAAGUUAUAUACCAGAAUCUUUGGGAAAAAGAUUGGAGGGUAGGAACAAUUUACUACAUUAACAGCGAUAUUUUCUAUCUCUAUAGAUAUAAUUCAUCGUUUAUUAUUAUUAAUAUUGAUACGGAGCCUCAUUUGCACAAGAGAUGUUCUACUCUUACCGGAUUAUACGCUAAUACCGAGUAUGAUGCAUACGUUUAUUUAAGAAGCUCUAAGGCCGUAGGAGAGGAUAUGUAUAGUGAGCCCGCUGCUAUUAUAUUCAGCACAUUACCAACGUUACCUAGCUUUCCACCGCAAACCGAUAUUGGUAGCUUCGAAAUUGUCGAAAACAAUGGAAUCAGGGACGUAUAUUUAUAUUGGCAAAUGAUACAGGAAUAUCACGAAAAUGGUAAUAAAUUUAAGUAUUGGAUUAAUCAUAUGGAAGAAAAUGAUCAUAAAAUAGUUCUCGAACCGAACGAGAUGACCAAGACGUAUGCCAAGUUUAAUGGACUCAGCUUUAACAAAUACCGAUUUAAGAUUGUCUCCCAAAAUGAAAUCGGCAUUAGUAAGAAUUAUACGGAAAUUAUUGUACCUAGUCAAGAUAAGAUGCCACGUGAACCGAUAGAAUUUACAAAAAUGGCUUUCGAAAAAGGACUGUACGAAUUAUCUUGGGUGCCGCCGAUUAGGCAUGAAACCAUCACGAAUUAUACCAUCUUUUGGUGCGAUAGCAAACGCGAUCGUCCUUAUCAGUGCACAGGUUACUUAAACUGGACACAUGUAUCCAUGAAUACUACCGUCUAUAAUAUAACUGUGCCAAAUCCGAACAAAAUAUAUCAAUUCGCAAUUUCUGCAAAUGCAAAUGAGGGCAGCAGCGGUAUGGUGUGGUCAUCUUGCACGGUGAUUCGCUCAAAAGAGCUCGGUAGAAUGAAAUUCAUAUGGAUUAAUCGUUUCGGAUUAGACUUCAUCGAGGUCGCAUGGUACUUUGACUGUUCAGAUCGUAUUGGGGUCAUCAAAGAAAUCAAAACUUACUAUUGCCCUGUUGUGUCAGUGUCAAGUAAAUUUUGCACGAAAUCCAAGCGCAAUAUUAGCGUCAAAUACCAUCCAUACAAGUCGUACGGCAUUGUCGAAAACUUAAUGCGCCAUACUACAUAUAAACUCGAACUCGCGAUGGUGACCAAGUAUGAUGAGAGUCAACCUAGUAGGGCCUUAUAUCAAACUACUUUAUGAGACGGCAUCCAGUUUUUCGUCUUAGAAUCUUUGAUUGCAAAACUGUUGGAAAACAAUAUAAAUUUAGAGCUAUUAACAUUUACAAUACUUACAACAAUAAAUAUCUAACGGGACUUUGGUCCGAAAUUGGAGAAGAUAAUUGUUUUAGUAAUGGUCAGUAUUUUAUUGAGGAUGAAGACAAAAAUUAUUAUGACU